AGAAACAAAAAAAAUAUCAAAUUUGAGAUUUGGGGGUUCUGGAUUCUUAUAUCUCAUCUUUUCUACUUUAUUUUGUUUCCGGGCUGGUGGAUGAAAAAUGUUUCUUUUACAACUCUGGGAUUUUCACAUUACUUACUUACAUCGGUGCUUUUACUAUACAAGGGUUUGUUCCUGUUUUUCUUUUUUGGGUUUUCACAACUGUCGAUGGGGAUCUCACUUCUUCCUCUCCAACCAAGUUCCCAGGCAACAAGGCUUGUGAGAUGUCAGGCAUUCAUGGGUUCAUGUCUAUAACGUGCAUCGCUCCCCCCUUGGCAGCCUUCCUUGGUGGUAGUUCUGGUGCUC